UCGGCAUAAGUAAAAUGUAUACCACAACGAUCUACCCCAAUAACUUUCCCAUUCUUGCUCAUGGAUCCUGGGGCAAUUUUCUAUGGACGCUUUAGUGGAAAUGGUAAGUUUAUAGCAUCUUUUCCACAUUCAUUCAUGGUUUUCUGUAGUCAAAAUUGCGGUUCAAUUACGAGCUAUUCAUUGGGAUUUGGGUUUGGAGUUGAUAAAUGUUGAGCUUGUUUUGAAGGUUGAAUCAAUUAAGAAAGUCAACGAGUGCUCAAAGAUGCUCCUCAGUUCCAAAGCUAGGGAAUUUGGACUGCAGUCUAGAUUAGAAGAAUUUUACCAGUUUCGAUGACUCUACCGAAUAUUCUUCGCUCUUUCUUCGAUUUCGGACCAAACAAGAGUCGGAAUUCUACGUAGGUAUCCCCUAAGCUCUAUAUUUCUAUUCUCAAAACCAGAUUCUAGGUUCCAGGCUCCAGGCCCCCAGCCCCCCAGUCCUCAGUCCCCUAUUCCGGUCACCACAUUCCGCAUGAACGAACCCCUUAACUACAAUUAUGAGUGCCAACUACUGUAUCUUCACCUCCUACAAGCUCUUUUUCCUCAUCUCCGGCUGUUCUGAAAUAGCCAGCACCGCGAUCUACCUCAAUACCACGGUUGUUCACCCGGGCUCUGCGAUUAACGGACAAUACGUAAGAAAAUAAAAGAAAUUGCUUUGUGGAGGUUUGAUAACACGGGUGUUGUUCCUUACUAUCAUGCAAAAUUUCCUGGUGUUUCCCUCUAGUUUGCGAAAUAUGCGGGCGUGGAUGUAAGAUAGACAUUGAUAUUUUUGACGACGUGUCGAAUCUCUGUACUUAGACACAGGCGAGAUGUGCAUGGGAAAUCCAGGUUUAUGGAAAGCGUGUUACUUUUUGUUUGUCCU